GUUGUUCUUAUCAUUCUGUGUUGAAAAUUCUUCGCGAGAAAAUGAUUAUCCUAUCAGUAUUACUCGUCACCAUCAGUUUAAACCAAUUCCACUGCAGGAGGCUGAUUGAAGACAUAGAUAACGAAGUGAGCACUGAUCCCAGAGCAAACUUGCAUCCCCUCAAUAACCAACAGUGGGUGAAGAUUAGCAGCCCGCCAGUCUCAUUAGUAAAUAAGAAAGUCGGAGCUCAUCUCGAACUGCAUUGCGUAGCCAUGGGUUCGCCACCCCCAACAAUCCAAUGGUAUAAAAUGAAUAGGAGGAUAACUGAAAACGAAAGUUUUGAAACAAAUAUCAUCAACCAAGGACAAGCUUUGGCCGAAGUUGCCUCUAGACUGGUGAUAAACCAUCUGUUGCCGCUCCAUCAAGAUGUCUAUAGAUGUGUUGCAGAAGCAGGUACCCACGUAGCUACAUCAGCUAGUAAAGUAAUUGUCACGAACAAAGAAGGAAACGACAUGAAUUUCACGCAACUUCUCAAUGCCAGGAUUCUCGGAGCUCACCACCUGCCUAGAGUUACAUUUUGGGCACAGACUUACAUGGAUGUCAUCGGAACUGAUGUUAUUUUACCUUGUAAAUACGUUGGAAAUCCACGACCCGAAGUGACAUGGUACGACACAGAUGACAAACCAAUUGAAAACGACGAAAAGUAUUCGGCGUCUCAAGAGGGUGAACUUAGGAUAAGAUCAAUAGAAUGGUCAGAUAUGGGAACAUACACUUGCAUGGUGAAAAAUUUAGUUGGAGAAGACUCUAUAGAAACGUUUUUAUACCCAAUGCAGGAAUCGAAAAAAUAACCAGCGAAUAAUGGAAAAUCUCUCUUCCAAAUCUGAUUCUAGUCAAAUUCUCUUAAGCAUUCCAAGGAACGAGAAGCUUGGAUACUGAUAUUUUUUUAAUUAAUUUAUGAACUAGUAUUUAUAAUGUAGGUAUUAAUAGUUAAAUAAAUUAUGUACUUAUUUAUAUUGAUGUAUAAAAAAGAAAAAUAAUAUAAAUGUUAUUAUAAA